AUGGGUGCCCCCCCCGCCCUCCCCGCCUCCCGCAACUCCAGCGCCGAGGACGCGGAGCCGGCGGGGCUGAGCCGGAUACGCAGCGACUCCCCGCAUCCCUCCAGGGCAGAGCGCGGUGAGGCCGCAGCAGCCACCACGGAGAGGACACAGGAUCCCCCCCUGGGCCCGCCGUGCCCCUUCGAGGGGGUGGCCUGGACCCCGAGACCCCCCCAGGGCCCCCCGCAGGGUUGCUUCGCCUGCAUCGCCAAGCCCCCGGCUCUCCGGCAAGCUUCGCCCGUCCUGUCUCCUUCUUCCGCCGUUUAUCUCAUGGAGAGCAAGAGCUGCAAAGGGGACAGCCUGCGGCCGGCGGUCCCGUGCAAGCACUCAGUGGAGAAGAAGACGAUGACCAACCCCACCACCGUCAUCGAAAUCUACCCCGACACCACCGAGGUGAACGACUACUAUCUCUGGUCCAUCUUCAACUUCGUAUACCUCAACUUCUGCUGCCUUGGCUUCAUCGCCUUGGCCUAUUCACUGAAAGUCCGGGAUAAGAAACUCCUCAAUGACUUAAACGGAGCAGUCGAAGAUGCCAAGACAGCCCGGCUUUUUAACAUCACCAGCUCAGCCCUUGCCACCUUCUGUAUCAUCCUUAUCUUCAUCUUCCUGCGAUACCCCCUCACUGACUACUAG